UGGCUGAUGGUGAGGAUAUAAACUGGAGGAAAUCCAUGCUGCGUGUCUCCUAUUGGACAGGACACCGGUGGUUUUAAAAUGUGCAGAAAGAUACAGUACUGUUUGACCUUUGCCCUCCUGCUGAUGGUGGCCUUGGCUGACCACCAUGAGGGCCACGAUCAUGGAGAACAUUCAGCCGAUCACCAUCACCAUCUCCACCAUGACAAGAAUGAACCCCACCCCAGUGGAAAAAACUGUUCAUCCCAAACACUCUCAUCUCAAAACGCUGACUUCGCCUUCACCCUGUACAAUAAGCUCUCCCAACAAGCUGACGCUAAAGGCAAGAACAUCUUCUUCUCUCCGCUGAGCAUCUCACUGGCUCUGUCCACGCUGGCUCUGGGUGCCAAGGAUGAGACCCACUCACAAAUCUUCAACAUUCUGGGCUACAGUUCCUUCACAGAGGAUCAGGUCAAUGAAGCCUAUGAGCACCUGCUGCACAUAUUGGACCACAAGGAGGGUGUGCUGCUGGAGACAGGAGGUGGUCUGGCUAUCCGAGAAGGCUUCAAACCUGUCGAUAAGUUUCUGAAGGAUCUUCAGCACUUCUACCGUGCAGAGGCCUUCACUGUGGACUUUUCCAAACCUGAAGCUGCUGUUAAAGAGGUCAACAAGUUCAUCGCCAAGAAGACCAAGGACACCAUCACUGACAUGGUCAAGACCCUGGAUGCAGAUACCGUCAUUGUGCUCCUCAACUACAUCUAUUUCAGAGGUAAAUGGGAGAAGCCCUUUGAAGAAGAACUAACUCACAAAGCUGACUUCCACGUGGACGAGAACACCAAGGUGACUGUGGACUUCAUGAAAAGAACCGGACGCUAUGACUUCUACCAGGAUUGGGAUAACUUCACCUCUGUCAUCCGGCUGCCCUACAAAGGCAACACCUCCCUGUUGAUCGUUCUGCCUAAUGAGGGAAAGCUGGAGGAGGUGGAGAAACACCUCAGCAAGGAAGGCCUCAAAUACUGGCAUGACAAACUGCACAGAAGCUCUGUGGAUGUGUACCUGCCCAAGUUCUCCAUCUCUGCCUCCUCCUGCCUUGGGGACAUCUUGAAGGAACUCGGUAUAGUUGAUGCAUUCUCUGACAAGGCAGACUUCUCAAGGAUAAGUGAGGAGACCAAACUGAAGGUUUCGAAGGUUCUCCACCAGGCAGUCCUCAAGGUCGACGAGAAAGGAACUGAAGCAGCUGCUGUCACCACUAUAGAGAUCAUGCCCAUGUCUCUGCCAGACACCUUUAAACUCAACAGACCCUUCCUGGUCUUCAUUGUGGAGGACAGCACCAAGAGCAUCCUCUUCCUAGGCAAGAUCACCAACCCUACUGAACAGUAGCAGUCAGAUCUCAUCCAAUCGAGAACACAGUAUGAGUGAAGAGCAGGAAUUUAGCAGUCAGCACUUUCUUAUCAGGAUUGGAUUUACAGAAAUACAUCACGGCUCCUUUCACUUGUAGAGUAACGAUCACCGUACAAACAAAAAGAGACCCAGAGAAGAAAAAGAGGUUUUUAUUUAAACCUGUACGUCGCCUGUAUCUUAAUGUUUCUGAUUAACACAGAGUACAGAUUUAACAACACUUACUAGGAUGAAUUGCAAUAAACAUUUACAAAUUAA